UUAACAAAAGUUUUCAAACCUAUGUAGAGUAAAGGUUACGCGAAAAGAACUUUCAAUUUCAACUUAACCUUCGACUUCAACCUAACGGAAAAAAAAGUCACGUCAAUAAUGGCAAAGUUGGCCGUAUUUUUGUGGAUCAUCGUCACAGCAGCUUGGUCUGUACAGGGCGCCACACUUAAAGAAAAUGAUACGAAUGGUGUCCAAAAAUUCGAACCUUUGGGGGCGGAAGUUUUGCAAUCGUGCCCCUCGGACUGCGAUUACUGUUCGGAUGGGGUCUGCUACUACUACGAAGACCUCUUGCUAGUGGUCGGUUGGACAAUUGUCAUUUCAAUUAUCGCCGAACUCAUCUUCGUCUUUAUCCCACUGGGAAUUUGCUUCUGUUGUGGUUACUGUUGUUCUGCAGCUUGUCGGAAACGGGACCAGCCACAGACCCAAGUGGUUUACAUGCAAGGACCGCCCCCCGCAGGGUACGAGCAACCACAACAACCACCACAGUACGGGCAACAACCACAAGCACAACCAUACGGUCAAAAAAGCAUAUUUAUAGUUUGAAGAACAAUAAAAAACAUUUUGUCUUUAAUUUAGAUACUUACAUAAUAAAUAUGCAAAUAAAUAUGUUGUGAAACGGUGCCGGAGGAGAA